AUGGCGCGCACUUCUUCUUCCUUGCCUCAUCUUAGGUCCAUUAGCUUACCAUCGAGAUUGAACCCAACUAAUUCUUCUCUAAUUAGAAUCAAAGAAGAGUUGAGAAAGUUCAGCAAAUGGGAAGGAUCAAAACCAUUAUCUCAAGACACAAUUAGAUCAGUAACUAUUCAAAAUGAUCUAAAUGAGCUUGCAGAGCUCUAUAGAUUUGCACAAGAUAUCCUACAGUCUUCUUCUUCAGCUACACUUGGAUUUGGACCUCAAGUAGUAGUAGAAGAAGCACUAGACGCAUCUACGGUAUUGUUAGACGCCUGCAAUUUGUGUAGAGACACGUUGAUGACGAUGAGAGAACGCAUUCAAGAUCUACAAUCAGCCAUGAGGAGAAACAGAGGAGAAGUCUCGAGUGUUCAAGUUUGUUUAAGAGAUUACUUUAGAUUCAGAAAAGAUGCGAGAAAAAACAUCUCCAAGUGUUUGAAGGAAUUGAAAACUACUAGUAUUACGUGUGAGAGAAGAAGGGCGGCACAAGAUGUGUUUUUAGCAGCAGAUUUGCUUAGAGAAGUUAGUGGGAUUUCUUCCAAGAUCCUCCAAUCUGUUCUUUCUUUCUUGGAUUGUGAUAAUGUGAUGUCGAAGAGGGUUGGUGGGUGGUCGAUCAUGGCCAUGUUUGUUCCUGAAAUAAGGCGCAGAGAGGGGAAGACGAUGGAGAAUGAAGUGGGGAGUGUGGAUUCAGUGCUUAGUUCCCUGGAUCGGAGACUUGGGAAGAAGAAGAAGAGUGAAUUAUUAAUUAGGGCUAACAAUGGUGUUAUGGAUGAAGAUGGAAAGUUAGAGUCUUUGAUUUCUUGGAUUGAUAGAGUUGAUGUUGGAUUGAAUUGUAUUUUCAAAUGCUUAGUUCGAAACAGAGUAGAGCUGCUUAAUGCCUCACUCUGA